UCAACAAAUUUGUUUGUAAACAAACCCGUUCAGUAAACAAUCACAUCAUUUCACAACAGUAGUUAAACAGUAGUGUUCCUCGAUCUCUGUUCGCAAAUCCCGAGCCAAGAUGAACUGGACUCCGGGCAAAAUAGUGGGCACGGUGAAGCCGGCCGGAGCAAACGUUGCUCCGAUUCCGGCCGCCAUGCUCACACCCGUACCGGCCCCGGCUCCGAUUGCGCAAAUUCCGCAGCCGGUACCGGCUCCAUCGCUAAUGCCGCUCGCAGGAUCCACAACAGUUGCGUCCAGUGCCAAAGCAGGAGCAAAGCCCACCGUUUUGAAGGGAACCGUCCAAAGUCAACCGACUGGAGCGAAUAAGAUUCUUGGUACAAUCAAAUUGGCGGGGAGUGACCAACCGGGCAUCAGCUGCGAUCAGUUGACCAACCAAGCCGUGGAGGAAAUCUACCGGGACGCAAAAAUCGGCCGCAUUCGGGCCUCCCAGGUGGGCGCUCUUGGUUGGCGUGGCUGCCCCCUAAAGAAAACCAACAAACGGUUCCUGAAUCGUACCAUGAACUCGGUAAUGCAGCAUAACCGACGGGAGACAAUCCGCAACUUUCACAGUUCCACACAGAAGCUGAUUGAGAUGGACCGGCAGGAUGAUGUGCGACAUCGGCACCGGAAGAGGUCCCCACCGGCGGAGGCGGCGGCUGCUGGCUCCAGGCAUCGUGACCGUCAUCGACAUCGGGAGGUGGAGAUGGUGGAUGGGGAGGAAGAUUUUUCAAAGGAUGUGAUUGGGGUGGAUCAGUUGGGUUUGAAACGGGCGAAGGGGCGGGAAAAGGAAAGGGUGGAUUUGGAAGAGGGAGAGAUAUUGUCUGAUGAUGAUGAUUAGAAUUAAAAGUUGGAUUUGAAUGGUAA